AUGUCUGCUCAAGCCAAGCCUAGCCACAACCCUCAUACGAACUAUGUGUUCCACCGUGCCAUCCUCUCGUCACUCGUCUUGCUGCUGUCAUGCUCAUGCACGGCGGCGAACAGUGACCGGCAACCACCAAUGAUCUCAAAGAUCGCAAAGGACCCCGUCACCUCCCUCUACACCAUCUCCAUCAAGGCCGAUCAGUCGCCGCUCGUCGUCGACCUCGCCGGCUCGCUCGUUUGGUCGACGUGUCCGCCGUCAGCAGCGGCGCACAGCACCGUUCAGUGCGACUCCGCCACCUGCGCCAUGGCCAAAGAGCAGUCCCCGCCUCGCUGCCGGUGCGUGGGCGGCGGCCGGUUCUGGGAAAACCGGCAGCCGGGGUCGACGGAGUGCGCGUGCACCGUCCACCCGAUCAACCCGGUCACUGGCGAGUGCUCCACCGGCGACCUCACGAGCCUCGCCAUGUCGGCCAACACCACCAACGGGACCAUGGAGCUGCGUCCGGAGGAGUCCUUUGCGGUCCUCGGAGCGUGCGCACCGAGCCGCCUGCUGACGUCGCUCCCCGUGGGCGCCACCGGCGUCGCGGGGCUCUCCCGCGGGCCGCUGUCGCUACCGUCGCAGCUCGCCGCGCAGCGCUGUUUCGGUAACAAGUUCGCGCUGUGCCUCCCCGACUUCGCGACCUUCGGCGACACGCCGGUGUACCUGUCGGUGCCGGACCCUCGGAUCUACAUGGACUACACGACAGCCAUUCCAUACACCCCGCUCGUCACCAACCCGGCGAACACCGGCGGGCACUACAUCCCUGUGAAGGGCAUCUCCGUGUCGUGGCACGCGGCAGACGCUGCGGCGGCCCUGCCCCGCGGCGCGCUCGACAUCAACGUCCACACCGGCCGCGGCGGCGUCGUGCUCAGCACCGCCACGCCGUACACGAUCAUGCGGCCCGACGUGUUCCGCGCCUUUGCCAUAGCCUUCGACGACGCCAUAAUGAGAGGGAAGAUUCCGAUGACCCCCAUGCGGAGGGAGCAGGCAACGGAGCCGUUCGAGCUGUGCUACUACGGCGCGUUCCCGAUGCUGAAGCGGAGCGGCUUCGACAUGCCGUACAUCAAGCUUGAGCUGGGCAACGGCGCCACGCGGAACUGGACUCUGUUCAACAGCAACUACAUGGUGCAGGUUGAAGGGGCAAUGUGUGUCGGGAUACUGCCGAUGGGGCCACGCGGCAUGCCGGUGGCCGGCGAGCCGGCGGUGGUGAUCGGCGGGAAGCAGCUGGAGGACAACCUGCUGGUGUUCGACCUGGAGAAGCAGCGGCUCGGGUUCAGCAUGCUGCUCCCCUACCAGUUGUCCAGUUGCAGAAGCAGCAAUUUCUUCAGAAACUGAACAUCGUUGCACUUGACGGCCGCCGGCUCCAUGGCAUUA